AUGGACGAUCCCAAGGAAACAAUGAACCGCCUGGGCCCUGUCGAGAUGACUGAGCUUGAAGAGAAAUGGAAUAAUCUCGUGCUGGAUUCUCGAAACAGAGGCGUGAACGAAGCACAGCUACCAACCUUUGAAGAAUACGUGAUCAGUGCCAUUACUAAUGCUCAACGGUAUUCAACCGCUAUGUCGGAGCUUGUAUCCCAAGGCAUGGCUCCGGCUCGUUCACAAGGGAACUCCUCAAUUGAGGAUGUAGAGAUGCAAGACAGACCGACAAAUCAUGGCCCCAAUCCCUUGUCCUCUACCCAAAGCUCGGAUUCUGAUGCGCUUGACGAACAAUUGGCACCCUGGCAAACCAAGAGGAUUCUUACUUGCGGUCCACCAAGCACGCACCCACAGGCCCAACGGCAGAAUGUUUCCCCUCUAAUGGUUGAAGUUAUGAAGCGCAAGCAUAACCUUAGUUCUCUCAUGGAGUACCGUCUUCGAUAUGGAGGGAUCAUCGAAGACAUCCAUCCCGGCUUCGUUGCAACGAAAGAAGAAUAUGGCCAUCUCCUUGCGGCAGCAGUUCGAGGAGAGAUGCACCGUGUCAAAGGGAUGCCGCUCAAAGACCUGGACGUUCCUAGAGAUGGCACCACAGGAGAUCUCAUCAGGAAGCUUGGCGGUCCUGACGUCCAAUUUGGCAUCAAGACGAGCGAGCCCUUGGCAAGCGAGCACAACCAAUACAUGCGUCAACUCUUUGCUCAACACUUCGCAAACCAAGCAAAUUCUGGCAGAUGGAAGGACAAAAAACUUCCAAAGGACAUGUCUGACCCGAAUCUUCUCAAACAUCGGACCUCUGUGGUCUGUAAAGGACUGAUCAAUAAGGACAAGCUUGACCCUGACAAGCCGGCGGAUCGAGAGACCAUAGAGAAGAAGAACACCACCGAAAGGAGAUACUCUCGUCGCCGUUCGAAACAUCUCCAACGUCUAGAUGUUGUCAACAAAGAUCAGGGGCUAAAGAAAUUUGCUGCUCUUGUUGAUAUGAGCACACCUGGAAUGCAGAGUGACGAGGAGUCUGACGCCGAGGGUAAACGACUGACAAUCAAGAAAUUGGGGUGGCGCAGUGUGAACUUCACACAUUUACUCCAUUUUCUAGAUGUACUACGAGAGUGUCCAGUAACCUGUGACUACUUGCUCAAACCGCGGAGAAAGGCAGCAAAACUGGAGAGAAUCCGAACAGACCUGCCAAGCGAGCGCAAUAAGGCACCAACAGGACUCCCAGUUGAAUGCUAUACCGAGCGCAUUCUGGACCAGGUCAAGGCCGAUGGGUUGGAGCAUGUACUCCGUGCAGUCCCAAGAAACAACGCAUUGGGGGAUCUUCCAUCUAUGAAAUAUUAUGACCAACGAGUCAGAGUUUCCAGGAAUAGUGCGCUGGAGGUGGCAUGGAAGAAGCACAAGGCGGAAUGUAGCGACUGUCGAACUGAUGAUAGUGGAACAAGUUCGUAA